UAGUCUUACACUGCUAGUAUGAGAGGGAGAUGCAGAGUGAAACGGGAUCCUAUUCCAUUCACAAUUCAUUCAUUUAUAUGUUGGAAUAUGCAUUACCAAAAUAUCAGGCAGGCGUUUCACACCUCAUAGCAGGUUAAUUAUUGUCUUGCGAUUCGACGCACAAAAGAGAUGGGCACUGGACGGCGACUUUCAGCAAUUUCAGUCAACUCAAUCCUGCGUAAUCCAGUUUAUUGCGCCCGGUUCGUUGUAAUUGCAGUUGUUUUUAUCCAGCUGUGCGCAACGUUUAAUUUAGAAACAGAAAACCGGAUCGUCUACUCUGGACCUAAGGGAUCUUUUUUCGGUUAUUCCGUGGAUUUUUUCUACAAUAAUGCAUCUAGUUUCAGUAUUCUGAUUGGUGCUCCCAAAGCUAACACCAGCCAAACGAACAUCAUCGAAGGUGGAUCUGUGUACUUGUGUCCUUGGAGCCAGGACCAAUCGGAUUGCAGUGUUGUCAUUUUUGACAAUGAAGGGGAUCGCAGUUUCCACGUCAACGACGUCGACGUCCAGGUCGAGUUCAAGUCCCAUCAGUGGUUUGGGGCUACGGUGCGUUCCAAUGGCAAGACUGUCCUGGCUUGUGCCCCAAGGUAUUACUGGAGAACGGAACACGAUGCCCCCUUCUCGGAUGCCACAGGAACCUGCUACCUCUCCGUCGACAGCCUCAAGACAUUUGUGGAGUACGCCCCCUGUCGCACAGAGAGACAUGGUCCUGCAGGACAGGGCUACUGUCAGGGUGGGUUCAGUGCUGACUUCACCAAGGACGGGAAGGUUGUUCUCGGAGGACCAGGAAGCUUUUACUGGCAAGGUCAACUAGUCUCAGCCACCACAGAGGAAAUCGUCAAGGCCUACUUCCCAUCCUACUUCCUGCUCUCUGUUACUGGGCAGAUCCAGACUCGGCAGGUGCAGGGGAGCUAUGACGACAGCUACCUCGGUUACUCUGUUGCUGUCGGGGAGUUCAGUGGAGAUGAUAUUGAAGACUUCAUCACCGGAGUCCCCAAAGGACUCAUGCUGCAUGGUUUAGUGUCAUUACUCAAUGGGACAGACCUGAAAUCCAUGCUGAACCUAACUGGAGAACAGAUGGGUUCCUAUUUCGGCUACGCAGUGGCAGCCACCGACAUCAACAACGAUGGUCUGGAUGACUUGGUGGUGGGCGCUCCCAUGUUCAUGAGGAGGGGGUCUGACGGACUGCGUUGGGAGGAGGUGGGCCGUGUCUAUGUGUACCUACAGCGGCGUCCCUUGUUGUUUGAGCACAGCCUGCCCCCCUUGGGGGGUAGCCAGGCCUUUGGGAGGUUCGGCAGCUCCCUGGCCCCGCUGGGAGACCUCAACCAGGACGGCUUCAACGAUAUUGCAAUUGGCUGUCCCUUUGGAGGAGACGACCAACAAGGAUUGGUCCUCAUCUAUAACGGGCAUGCCAGUGGGCUGAAGGACACGCCCACUCAGGCUCUAGCUGGCCAGUGGGCCACUGGCACCUUUCCUGCCAGUUUUGGCUAUGCCCUCCGCGGAGAGAAAGAUCUGGACCAGAAUGGGUACCCAGAUCUCAUCGUAGGUGCUUUUGGGGCUGACAAGGCUGUUCUGUACAGGGCUCGGCCUAUUGUCAACGCCAGUGCUUCCCUUACUGUGCAACCUACCAUGAUCAACUCAGAGGAGAAGAGUUGUAUGGUGUCCAAUGGGAACGAGACUAUCUCUGUGUCUUGUGUCAACCUCAGUUUCUGCCUCUCGGCCAAUGGGAAACACAUCCCUGCUGAUCUAGUUUUUAUGGUGGAGGUGCAGUUGGACCAUCUGGAGCAGAAACAGAGAGAGUCAUCAGUGAGGAGAACGCUGUUCCUAGAUAGCCAACAGCCCAGCCUGCUGGAGACCAUCACCAUGGCCAACGGAGGACCAACGUGUCACGACACCCGCAUCUACCUGCGUAGUGAAGGGGAGUUUCGGGAUAAACUGUCCCCCAUUUACAUCACCCUCAACUUUAGCCUGGAUCCUCUCGCUCCACUGGACCUCCACGGCCUAAGACCCAUUCUAAACUACCAGACAACACAUAGUAUAAAGCAGAAGGCCCAAAUUCAGCUGGACUGUGGGGAGGACAACAUCUGUGUUCCUGACCUCAAACUGUCCGUUUAUGGCGAUAGGACAGAGGUGUAUCUUGGUGACGAGAACUCCCUGACCCUGACCUUCAAUGCCAGGAACGAGGGAGAGGGCGGGGCCUACGAGGCAGAGCUUUACGUGGUGCUGCCCGCGGAGGCUGACUACAGUGGUAUAGCCCGCAACAACGCGAGUCUGACUCAGCUGACCUGUAGCUACGAGGCAGAGAAUCAGACCCGCUAUCUGGUCUGUGACCUGGGCAACCCUAUGAAGUCUGGAACAAGUUUGUGGGCAGGCCUCCGCUUCACUGUGCCUCGACUGAAGGACACUCACAAUACAGUGCAGUUUGAGCUCCAGAUACGCAGUAAAAAUGAGAAUAAAUCCCAGAGUGAUGAUGAGCUCUUUCAUCUGGAAGUGGCUGUGGUUGCUGAUGUUAUCCUACAGGGCGUUUCUCGUCCGGACAAGCUCCUCUUCCCUCCUCCGAACUGGAGGAUGAGCCACAGCCUACAAGAGGAGCAGGAUGUUGGGCCUGAGAUCCAGCAUGUGUACGAGUUGGUGAACAACGGGCCAAGUAUGAUCAGUCAGUCAGUGCUGGAGCUGCGCUGCCCUCUGAAAUCUCAGGGUCACGACCUUUUGUACCCUCUGGAGGUCAUCACUCAGGGACCACUCGACUGCAGCUCCAACCACACACUCAAUGCACUGAAGCUCAAGCUCCAGCCUCCUACAACAGAGCAGCCACCCUCACCACUGACAGCCAGCCCUGAACACCACAUCCAGAGGAGAGAGGUCUACAGGGAUACUCUGGAUGAACAAGGCAACCUGUCGUGUUCUACCUCUGAGUGCUGGAGGCUGCGCUGUCAUGUGGGGUUACUGGAGAGAGGAAGCAGUGUCAUUCUGACCGUCCGCUCACGCAUCUGGCCUGAGAUCUUCCUUGAGAGGGCAUACAAGCAGUAUGUGCUGGAGUGUUCUGUGGAGUACGGAGUCGAGAAGAUGCCCUAUUCCAUCGCUCCCAAACUCAAACCCAGUGGAUCCAAGAAGGUCCUGACUCCAGUGAUGUGGAACAAGCCAGACAGCCAGUACAUGGUACCACUGUGGAUCAUCAUUCUGGCCAUACUGGCUGGAUUGCUGCUGCUAGCUCUGGUCAUAUAUGUACUCUACAAGUUGGGCUUCUUCAAACGAUCCAAUCCUUAUGGUACAGCCAUGGAGAAAGCUCAACUCAAACCACAGGCUUCUUCUGAGGCCUAAACGAUGGACCAUCCCAGACUUCGUUUGGAAAACUGGAAAGGCAUUGCGUUGGACUUAACUUAUAACUCUAAACAAACCACAGAAUACUCAUGUAUGAAAGGAAGUCCAUCCAUAGGAUGAGGACCACUGGGACCUCACUGGCAUUCCGCCUUCUACUGCACUGAAAUGCUGAAGCAGGAAAACCCACAAUGAGAUGUCUGGCCUGCAUUAUAAUAGAGCUAUCCUGAAAACGGGUAUAUUUUGCAUACGGUUGCAUAGACAAUAAUGUCUUUAAAAUCCAGCUUUUUGCUUUGAUGUGGGGAAAUAUCCAUCAACGUAGCAGCCCUGGCUGAGGCAAUGGAGCAUUUAUUCAAUUGUUUGAGUCACCAAGUAUGUCACCAAGUAUGUCAAGCUGAGAAUGUUGGGGAAGGUGUGCUAUUGAACGAUAACAGCCAAAGUCAUCCGAAUGCUAGGAGCAGAAAUAGACUCAUAAAGUGUAUCAGUCAAUUUAAAAUUUGUUUUCUCAAUGUCACAAAAACACAUUGAUGGAGUUUGCUACUCCAAAUUGCCUUACUUUGUCCCGAAAUAGACCAUCCCUGACCCUGAUGGCAAGUUAACAUUGCCCACCAUCUGCAAACAGGUGUUACUACUACUAAUAGGUGCUUGUCGAUCAUCAGUUAGUCAGGGUCAUUGCGCUGUUGGACAGCUGGCAGUAUAUCACCAUAUCUGCCAAUACGAGUGCGAUUUCAGAUUUUCUACAGUGUAGUGCUGCCUCAUAGCCACCAGUUUUACGAUAAGGGCUUGCUAGCUGGAGAGAGGUCAGAGAUUCUUUUAGAGGAAACGCACCUGGCCUUUUUGCUUAUACAUAUUAUCUGUCAUGUUCUUUCUGAUGCAUUUUGUUACUAUGCAACUUGACCACAUUUGUAAAUACAGUGCUAGAAGUUUUUAGAUAAUUGUUACAGUUGAAGGAUAUAACCUCACAUCCCCUAAUCACUAUUUAUAACACGUUUUUGUGCAUUCAACAAAAUGAAUUUGAUCAUACUUAAGGAUAUUUUUUCUUUGUUUGAGCGGAUGUAUAUUUCAAAGUAGUACAUUAAUAAUUUUGUGAAGAGUAUAUCAAACUGCAUUGGAAAUAUGUUUUUCUGUGAAAUAAUUCCCUCCCAUGUUGGGAGCUGCCAUGGCUUUUUCAUGUUUUGCUGUUGACGACUAAAAUUAAAUUACUAUUUUAUUUUACCCUAUCCAAAUACAGAUGCCAUAUUUAAUUUGUUGCAGUAAUUUUCAUGCACAGCAGUAAAUGCAAAAGGCUUCUAAAGUUUGUAAUUUCCACUUUUAAAAACGUAAUUUGCCCUAACUGAAAAUGUAUCAACCCCUACUAAAAAAAUGCCAUUAAUUAUAAUCCACAUAAUUAUAAUUGAUUUCCUGUUGCUGGAAUUGGAAUAGUUGUUGAUGACUUUGCAAAUUCUAUGUAGGCCUAAAUAGCAUCAUUGAUAAUAUAUGAGUGACAACAUAUAGUCACAUUUAAUUUGCUCCAUUAAACCUAACCUUUGGAAUGACUCUGCUAGCAACAGUGAAUCUAUUUAGCUUUAAAGUGGAGAACUUUCAACAAUCAUUCUCACGGUAAUGUCAUGCCUGCUCCCGCUCUUCCCCCGGAGGGCGCCAGGCUGCCCUGCAUUACUCACUCCUGCCACCAUCAUUACACACACCUGCCUUCCCUCGGCACACGCAUCAAAAGAAAGUUGGACUCACCUGGACUCAAUCACCUGUUUAUUACCUCCCCUAUAUUGGUCAGUUCCCCAGCUCUGUUCCCCGCUGCUGCAUUGAUUGUCUUACGUCUGUGUUUUCACGGUUCUGUUCCUGUCCUGUUUUCAUGUGUGUUACGAUUAAAUGUUGACUCCUCGUA